AUGGCUCCGUGCGCGGAAGUCCUGAGCAGCUACCAGCCUUGCUCCGACCGUGGCGAGGAGCCUUCCGAGGAGUCGGAGCUGGAGGGACCCUCCGAGGACGAGCCCACGGAGAUCACGUUCAGGCCGUUCGCAGCUGAGGUGCGCCCAGCGAGGCCGGGUUCUGCGACGCUGGAGCUGGAGGCCGAGGCGGCCCUGCCCGACUGCGAGCCCUGCAGCGCCAAGCUCCAGCUCGGCGAGGACGGCCUGCUUGUCCACCUGCACGACGGAGGUGGGCGUGGCCGCCUGCUGCAGCUGCUCAUGCUCCCGUCGGUGCAGGUCACCCAGGGCCCAGGCCCCAGCGAGCUGCGCAUCGCCGGUUCGUGGCCCUCGCCGGGCGCGCAGCUGCGGCUGGCGUCGGCCGGCGAGGCUGCGGAAGUGGUGGCCGCGCUGUCGGGCAUAAUGCAGAAGGUGUCCCUGAGCUUGCUCGCGGCAGCGCCGCCAGGUGCGCCGACGUCGCUCGUGCACGAGCCGCUGACCCAGAGCCGUGGGCCGUCGGCGGCAGGGAUAAAGAGCCAGGGCCAGGGCAAGGGCGAGCUACUGUGCGCUGGAUACCUGCUCUGGUCCAGCCUGCCGCGGGGCCUUUCGGAAGACCCAGAGGCUCCUCAGUACAGCCUCGUGUGGGCUGAGCUGCGAGGGCCCGAUCGAUUUGGCUACGCUUGGAUCUUCUUCUACACAUCGCACCACGACGAGGCCGCCCUGGUCCACAAGAUGGCCUGGCCCAAGCCGGGGCAAGACCUGGUGGACAUCCGCGGUUGCGUCGUCAGCUUCGCCCUGGCCACCGAAGAGGAGGAGCUGUGCAUCGACGGGGAAGCCAGCACCGACCACCUCACCUUUGCGACGGAGCUCGAGGCCCAGGUGUGGCUGCGCACCGCGACCUCGCUCUACGAUGGCGGGGUGGGGCCGGACGAGGACCUCCUCGAGCGAGCGGCGAAGGGUGCCCGGGCGCGCCUGGACGGCGCCCCCCCGCAGCCGCUGCUCCGCAGGAGCGACGAGGCCGCCUGGCCGCCGGAGCCCGACGCGCUCCCGAUGGACGAGGUGGCCGUGGCUGCCCGGCGCGGCGCGCUGCCGUGGCAGCAGGAGAAGGCGGCGGCCUCGUCGGGCUUCCCGCGCUGGCCCUGGUGCCUGGAGCCCGCCGCGGCGCUGCUGUCGGUGGGCUGGUGGCGGAGCAAGGUCGAGGGCUUGGCCUCGGCCUUCGGAAGCCCUCUGGCGUCGCUCCGCGCGUGGAGGAGGUCGCCGGCGCUGCCCUGGUGGGCGCGGAAGUGGCUGCUCGCCGAGAGCAGCUAG